AUGGCGAACUCUGGAGUGUCCUCAGCUGCCGCUUCACAAAAGAGGCACCAGGGUUUUUUGACAUUCAGGGAUGUGACUGUGGAGUUCUCAAAAGAGGAAUGGGAAUGCCUGGACUUUACUCAGAGGACUUUGUACAUUGAUGUGAUGUUGGAGAAUUACAGAAAUCUAGUCUUUGUGGAGAACUAUUGCAUAUCUGAUGCUGCCCAUCAGCAUGUGAAUAAUGAAAAGGAGUCUUCUCAGUGUAAUGAGCUUGACAAAGUGCUUCAUGACCCAUCCACAUGCCCACUUUAUAGAACAAGUGAAACUACAGAAAACUCUAAUAACUACAGAUGCAGUAAUCACAGGGAUGCCUCUAUUGACUCAUUAAACCCAGAUAGACAUGACAGCAUGCACACUGGAGAAGAACCUUGCAAAUCUAAAGACUGUGAGAAAUCAUUAAAUUUGUGUUCCAACAUUACUCAAGAUCAAAGACUCUACACUGCAAAGAAAGAACACAGGCAGGGAGAAUAUGAUGACUAUUUGGGCUCUACAUAUGGUCUUAUACAACAAACAAUCUCUAAUGUAAAGAAACCACACCGGUGUGGGAAGUAUAUCAAUACCACCUCAAGCCUCAGUGUACAGCAGCAGAUAAGUCCUACUGCAAAGAAACCCUACAAGUGUAAUGUCUAAGAAUCGUUUGCCUUGUGCUCAAAUCUUCAAACACAUCAAAGACAUCAUACUGCAGAGAAACCUUACCAAUGCAAAGACUGUGCAAAGUCAUUUCUUUACUUGUUUGCACUUAAAGAACAUGAGGAAAUUCAUUCUCGAGAGAAACGUUACAAAUGUAAGGAAUGUGACAAAUCCUUUGCCCACCGUCCCAGUUUGAGGAAGCACCAGAAAGUCCAUACUGCUGAGGAACACUAUAGUUGUCAAGAAUGUGGCAUGGUCUUUCACCAGCUUUCACACUUUAGAAGCCAUUACGACAGACUCCAUAGUGUGGAGAAGCCUUACAAAUGUAAUGAGUGUGACAGAUCCUUUCCUCAUGAUUUAUUCCUUAGAAGGCAUCAGAAAAAUCCUUUUUUAGAAAAAUUUCACAAAUGCAAAGAAUGUGGUAAGUCCUUCCUUGAAUUAUCAUAUCUGAAAACACAUCACAGAAUCCAUACUGGUGAGAAACCUUACAAAUGUGAGGUCUGUGACAAAUCCUUUACUGUGAAUUCAACUCUUAGAACACAUCAGAAAAUUCAUACUGGAGAAAAACCAUACAAAUGUAUGGACUGUUACAAAUCUUUUAUCCAGGACUCACAUCUUAGAAGACAUCAGAGAGUUCACACUGGAGAGAGACCUUACAGUUGUAACGAAUGUGACAAAUCUUUUUCUAAGAGCUCAACUCUUAGUGAACAUCAGAAAAUUCAUACUGGAGAGAAAACUUACAAAUGCAAAGUCUGUGACCUAUUCUUUACCCAGUAUUCAAAUCUGAGAAAACAUCAGAAAGUCCAUACUGAAGUGAGACAUAACUUCUGUAUGGAAUGUGGCAAAUCUUUUACUAGAAGCUCAUAUCUUAGAGUACAUUAUAAAAUUCAUACUGGAGAGAAACCGUACAAAUGCAAAGACUGUGACAAAUCCUUUAUCCAGAUAUCCAUUCAUAUCUUAGAAAACAUUGCAGAGUUCAUACUGAAGAUGGACCACAUGUGUAACGAAUGUGGUGAAUCUUUUACUAAGUUCUCAACUCUUUGAGCACAUCAGAAAAUUCAUACCAGAGAGUAA